AGGAAUCUUUCCAACUCUCCAACAAACCAAAACGGCAUCGAUACCUCAUAGAAACGACGACAAACACAAACACACCAAACAGAACGACACGUGUACGGGACCCACCACCCACCUCGUUAACCACAACUCCCAAUCAAAACGCCGCCGUCUGCUCAUUUCAACGCUGCAUUUCGUGGCGGUCCCUCCCUCUCUAAAUCCCAAUCAUUUCCUCAAAGACAAAAAACAACCACCAAUCCCCAAUCUCAUCACUUUUCCCGAGAAAAUCACCCAAUUUUCUUUCUCAGAUUCCCGGAAAUUCCGAAAAACGCAGCAAUUCGCACUCCGGUGAGGAAGAAUCUCCUGCUUCCUCUGCCAAUUCAAUUCAAUUCAAUCUCGAACCAGGUGGUGGAUUCCGAAUGCUUCAAUUUUCGGUUGAAGAAUGACUGCUCUGAUUCCGAAUUCAUCGAUUGCAUUAGAUCUCUCUUCAAACCCUCAUCAAUCGGAUUAACUUGUCCAAUUUUAGUGUGACUAUGUAUCAGGAAAAGAAGUUUUCUCCAACAACCAUGGUGCCACAGAAAUCUCAAGGUGGUGGUGGUGGUGCUGAGCAGCUUGCUAAUGUUGGGGUUUUGGCCUUGGGUGGAUCUGCUGCUGUUAGAAGCCCCACACCUGCUGGGGGGAAUGGGAAACAACGUUUACGCUGGACUUCGGAUCUUCAUGACCGCUUUGUGGAUGCUAUUACUCAGCUUGGUGGACCAGAUAGAGCGACACCAAAAGGUGUUCUGAGAGUGAUGGGUGUACCUGGACUGACCAUUUAUCAUGUCAAAAGCCAUUUACAGAAGUAUCGCCUGGCAAAGUACUUACCUGAUUCACUAGUUGAUGACUCUAAAGAGGAGAAAAGGACUUCUGGAGACAGCACUUCCGGUGUUGAUUCUUCCCCGGGAUUGCAAAUCAAUGAUGCUCUAAGAAUGCAAAUGGAGGUUCAGAAACGUCUCCAUGAACAGCUUGAGGUUCAAAAGCAGUUACAAAUGAGAAUUGAAGCUCAGGGCAAAUACUUGCAGAAGAUCAUAGAGGAACAGCAAAAAUUAGGUAGUACCUUGACAGUCUCAGAAAUGCUUCCACUGUCACAUGAUAAGCAAAAUCAUCCUCAGUCAGAGCCUUCUGGAUCCAGUGAUGCCCUUGCCGGCACUUUGUCUCCACAUAAACGACGGAGAAUUGAUGAUGGUUCAAAUGAUGACUUAGCUGCUUCCCAAGAUCCAAGAGAGACUGCACAGAAGAAUGACUGCAAUGUCGGUCAAUUAGAUCCAAACUUGUAUGAAGAUGAUGCAGGGUUUGGAUAUGAUUUGGAGAGAGAAAAUGAUGAAGAUGAGGAGAGUGAGCAAUAAGAACUAGGUUCGGAUUGUAGGUAAACACUUGUCUCAUUGUAAUGUCUAGGGUAUUUACUUUUCUGGUAGAAAUACAAGUCAUGCUUUUGUAAAUUAUACUUCAUGCAUUCCAUUUGUACAUGGUAAGGUAGAUAUAGAUGCAUUAUUCUCCCUGUUGUAUGAGUUAUAAACACUGCGUUUUCACACCCAACAGAAAUGCAUGACAUGCUUUUUA